AUGCACGGCCACUACUAUGUUGGCGACUGGUCUUGUUUGCUUAGUAAGCCAUCUUCCUUGUUGAGUUGCGGUCCUCAGCUUAAGAGCCUCUUCGUGAACGAUGCCAAACCGGGCAUUACGACGCCGUAUCUGUACUAUGCGAAACAUGCACUCACUGGAAGCGGCAUACAUAUAGAGGAUCUCGCUGUACCGUCAAUCAACAUGGUACGCUGGGGCGCGCCAAAACGAUGGCUGUUCGUCACGCCAGAGCAAGAGAAUGUGAGAGCCUUCGAGAAGAAAUGCCGCGAGACAUUCCCGUGGCGCAAGCAAGCCCGUAGGCCUCAACGCGCAGCGACACAUUGCUCACAGUUUGUGCGGCAUGCAAAUGUGCUCGUAACGACUGAGGCUCUCCUUAACUGGGGCAUCGACUUCAGUGAGACAAUCUGUCGGGAAGGGGAGCUGGUGGUCACUCUCCCAGGGACAUACCACCAAGUCGUCAAUAUGGGGGAGAACCUCGCAGAGGCUGUGAAUGUGAUGUGGGGCAACUGCGGUCAAGUCCAGUCGACGUACGUUUGUUGCAGCCGUGAUGGAUGUGGACAUACUGGUGGCGUCUCCCAAGAGGAUUUGACGCCCGAGGUCGCCAGUCAAUAG